AUGAUUCCUGCCACUGCUGCACCGCCACAUUCAAACAAUACACUGGAUCGCAUUGCAUUCUGUAAGAGUGUUCGCGAAAAACGCAAACAACUCCAGCUAAAUCAUUACACUAAUGGAAAGGAUAAUGUAAGUUCUUCAACUGAGAAUGCAUUUCUUACUCAAAUGCUUCAAUCAUCUUCUAAUUCUGCGACAUCCUCACCGAAUUCAUCGUCAUUGAAUGUUCCACCAUUUUUACGCAAAGGAAAUAUUUCAUCGUCGUCUCUAUCAUCGUCUCAUCGAACAGCUACAAGUACACUGACAAAUAUUUUACCGGCUCUACUCAAUGGUACAUUACAAUCGCCACGUGAAAACUCACCAUCUGGUACAUUAACAAAUCUUGCAGCUUUGAAUUCUCCAACAAGUACAAAUACAACAGAUACUCUUGUUGAUAUGAAAUAUUCCGCAUCACUACCUGUUUCACCUGCUGCUCCUGCAUUUAAUAAUAAGAAUAAUAAUAGUCUACGUCAUUCACCAAAUCAUGAUGUUCGAAUUCCAACAAACUAUUCGCCACCUCGUUGUCGAUCUUAUCCAAUGACUGAUAUGACACAAAGAACAUCUCCUUCGAUAUCUUCUAUUUCACCAUCAGAAAAAUGCAUGUCUAUGAAUCGUUCGUUUCCUUCGCCAACAUCUUGUUUACUUGCUCCAUCUUCAUCCUGUCCUUUAUUGGCGACUAUGAACACAACGAUGGCAAGCACAAUCAUGUCGUCAACAUCUCCAUCACUUGAUGAUAUGGCACCGAAAAUUGUUCGAUCAGCUUCAGUGAAAUCAUGCGCAUCGGAUUCUGGUGUUUCAUCAUCAAGUCCAUUGUCAGAUAAUAAUAUUGUCCAUGUAUUUCGAACAAAUCAAAACGAGACAAACCACCAACCACAAAUUUCAAAUGGUAGUCGAAAACGUAAAUCACUUGCUCAUUUCUAUGAUGAACUCGAUAAAGAUAAAAAAUUCUCAAGUGAAGCAACGGUUACAUCAGGUUUUUCUAUGCCAACACCAGCAACAAACAAUAACAUUCCAUAUAGCCAGCAAGAAGCACUUGCUAUUGGUUAUGCUCAAUAUGCUCUUAUGCAUACGCUCACACAACAGUUUCGUGUUAAUUAUCCAGCUGCACUUUUACAUGCAGCAUCAGGUUAUCUACCAUUAACAUCACCUAUGAUGGCUGCUGCUGCGGCUGCUGUAGCUGCAGCUGCUUCAGUUAAUAAUUCCAAUACAAAUGGACAUAAAUCAUCAUCAUCAUCAGCAGAAAAAUUUCGUGAACGUCGAAAACCACAACAACAACCAGAAAGCGAUAACAAUAAUAAUCAUAUUCAAUCAAAUUCAUCUUUAAAUGAUCAACCGUAUCGUCGAGAAACCUAUCAAACAUUACUUGAAAGUAGUCGUCUAUUAGGACAACAUCAACAACAAAAAUUACUUAAACCUGUACCCAUUGAUUUACGUAAGAAUAAUGGAACAAAUCGAACAAUAGAUAAUAGUCCUAUUCAAUCGAAUUAUCGUUAUUCAUCUUCAUCAUCAUCAGCGUCACCACCAAGUUCACCGCAUUGUUUAAGUCCACCGAAAUCAAUUACCAUUGAUCCAAAUAAUGAUUUUGUUUGUAUACCAAAAAAAUUAAUGCCUGUUAUUGGUGCACGUAUCAAUGAUUGGCUUGAACGUAAUGUUAACUUUGCACUAUCUCUUUCUGUUAUACAAGAUACACUUGAAAAUGAUAAAGAUAAAUAUUUAAUUUUUUCACGUGUAUGGCAUCGUCUAUUACUAACAAGUAUGAUUGAAAAUAGUUUCGAAAUUUACGUUACAAAAGAUUUACAAAUAACAAAUGAUUUACUAUCAUCGCUAUCAACGUCACCGUCAACAACUAUUAUACAUCCAACGGAAAAUGAUGUUAAACAAAUUGAAUCAUUAAUAAAUCGUGGUAAAACAUUAGAAAUUGAUGAAAUUGGCUUUAAUCUUAUACGUGAAAUGAUUAUUUAUAAAGAGGGUAAAACAUUAUUUAAUAACUUAUCUGGAAGUUUAUUUGAAAAAGCUGAAUGUCAAACGCAAACGAAACUAAUGAAAUGGUGUUCAACGCGUGUUAAAUAUUCAAAAGUCGUGUUCUUUCUAUGUAAUAUAUAUCAAGUUAAAGAAGACAUAUUCGAAAGAUUAUUCUGUGCUGGUUCAAUGCAUCAAAGUACACCUAUUCAUAUACACCUUCAGAGACUUUUACAGUCAUCGAAUUCGAUGGAUAUUUAA